ACACACAGACACACACACACACACACAGGCUGCUCGGCGAGCUGCUAGCUGUACACUCGCUCUGUUUCCGCCAUCUUAAGCAGCGUCGGUGGAGGUUUAGCGCUUCAGAUGCGGCCGCUGUCGUUUCCCAGUUGAGACGGGCAGCGAGCUAAAACACACGCGUGAGGCGGCGGCGGCGGCGGACUGCAGCCGGGGGGAGGAGGAGCAGCGGGAGGGACGGUGAUGUGCUGAUGGUUUCUCCGUGUCUGCCUGCCAUGGCUCUGCCGGAACUCUUCCUCUGGAUCUUCCUCAUCAUCCAGCUGCUCUCCGGUUCCGUCCAGUCGGACAGCGAUGAUGACGAAGCAUCCAAUAAAACCUGGGUGUUGACGCCCAAAGUGUACGAGAGCGAUGUGACCCACAUCCUGAACAGCCUGCUGGAUGGUUACGAUAAUAAACUACGACCUGAUAUAGGAGUUAAACCCACGGUGAUCCACACCGACAUGUUCGUCAACAGCAUCGGCCCCGUAAACGCCAUCAACAUGGAAUACACCAUCGACAUCUUCUUCGCCCAGACGUGGUACGACCGGCGUCUGAAGUUCAACAGCACCAUGAAGGUUCUGCGUCUCAACAGCAACAUGGUGGGAAAGAUCUGGAUCCCGGACACCUUCUUCCGCAACUCCAAGAAGGCCGACGCCCACUGGAUCACCACACCCAAUCGCAUGCUUCGGAUCUGGAACGACGGGCGGAUACUGUACACUCUGAGGUUGACCAUCGAUGCCGAGUGCCAGCUCAAACUGAAUAACUUCCCCAUGGACGAACACUCCUGCCCCCUGGAGUUCUCCAGCUACGGAUACCCGAAGGAGGAGAUCGUGUACAAGUGGAAGAGGAGCUCGGUGGAGGUGGGGGAUAUUCGUUCCUGGAGGCUCUAUCAGUUCUCCUUCGUUGGACUGAGGAACACCUCCGAGGUCGUCAAGACUGUCUCAGGAGACUACGUGGUGCUGACGGUGUUCUUCGACCUGAGCAGGAGGAUGGGCUACUUCACCAUCCAGACCUACAUCCCCUGCACCCUCAUCGUGGUCCUGUCCUGGGUCUCCUUCUGGAUCAACAAGGACGCCGUCCCCGCCCGAACCUCACUGGGAAUCACUACUGUACUGACGAUGACGACGCUCAGCACUAUCGCCCGGAAGUCCCUCCCUAAAGUUUCCUACGUGACGGCGAUGGAUCUGUUCGUCUCCGUCUGUUUCAUCUUCGUGUUCGCGGCGCUGAUCGAGUAUGGAACGCUGCACUACUUCGUAAGCAACCGCAAACCCAGCAAGAACAAGGACAAGAAGAAGAAAAACCCGCUCCUGCGGCUCUUUCCCGCCAAGAACCCGACGGUGGACAUCCGCCCCCGCUCGGCCACCGCCAUCCAGAUGAACAACGCCACGCACAUGCAGGAGCGCGACGAGGAGUUCGGCUACGAGUGUCUGGAUGGGAAGGACUGCACCAGCUUCUUCUGCUGCUUCGAGGAGUGUCGCUCGGGGGCGUGGCGUCGCGGCCGCCUGCACAUCCGCGUUGCCAAGAUCGAUUCGUACGCGCGCAUCUUCUUCCCCACCGCGUUCGGCCUCUUCAACCUGGUGUACUGGUUCUCCUACCUGUACCUGUGAGGGUCCCGUGCCCCGCCCGCCCGCCCGCUUUAAUCGUAUCGUUUAUCGUCUCGUAGCUUUUUCUGUCGCUAAUAUUCUAGCAUCGUGUCCGUCCUGUUUUCGGUUGGUUUUUAGCUUUGCUAACUUGCUAGCACUUCACGCGGUCGAGCACUUUUACUGGAACUGGUUAGGAGAGAUGAUCUGGAUGAUAACGAGCUGAGAGACGACUGUGUAAUAAAGGUCGUCCUUUCUCGUGAACCGGUCAGGUUUUAACUCUGCGCUCACACUAGAGGGCGACAAAGUGACCGUAUAGCAUAACAUGGAGCCGCAAACUUAGCAACAGCGACAGACAACACCAACGUUACCUGAUCCAGUAGAUCCAGCGGAUCACUCACACCCGAUUUCUGCAUUUAGCUUCUGUUUAGCUUUAAAAAAAAAGAGGUUUGUGGUCGCAUCAGAGAUUCUGCAGCGUUUAUUACAGACACACCAACGCAUUAGCACGUCCCAGAAUUCUUUGCGCUGUUGGUAAUCCUUCACCAGUCAGCGACAGUGUUUAUGUUAUAACAAACAAAUAUUUUUUAUCUCCGCCCACAGGUUGGUCAUAAUCUACCGACGCAUUAAAGAAAAAUCUGUUAUUGUUGCACGAGUGAAACAAAUAAAUGAGCAAAUUAAAAAUAAGUAAAUAAAUAACAAAUAAAUAAAAAGGAAAUAUAAAUGAAUGAACAAGGAAAUACAACCAAAUAAAUAAAUAAACAAAUAAGUAAAUAAAAAUAGUAAAUAAAGAAAUGAAAAAAUAAAGUAAUAAGUAAAUAAAUAAAAGAGUAAAUAAAUAAAAAAUGUGAAAGUAAAUUAAAAUAAAUGAAUAAAUGAAAAAAUAAAGGUAUAAAUGAAUU